AUGACUAAGCCUAAUCCCAACGACACUAUCGUGUUCCUCUACAUGUGCCUCCUGUAUUCUGACUUCAGAGUUGUCGACUGGAAGGCUCUCAGCGAGGCCACCAACCUCAACAAUGGGGCCGCUCGCAUGCGUUACCACCGUCUGAAGAAGAACCUUGAUGCCAUCAUCAAGAAUGGCAAAUAUGACUUGAGCAUCGGUUCCGCCACCACCCCAACCAAGAAGCAUGCCUUGGAUAUGAUCACUGCUACCGACAAAGAAAGCAGUGUUGAGCCUACCAGCCCCAUCAUCGAACACUCUGCUGGAGUCGUUAGCAUCGCCAGUCUCCUUAACCCGGCAUCCCCCAAGCGCAAGAUGGCGGAUGAGGUUGAUGAUGACUCCGAAGCCUCGACCAUCAUCGAUAACAGCUUCCGCUUCAUGCCCAUCUACGCUCCUGUUACGCGUUCCCCCAGCUCUCAGGGUCUGAUGCCAGCCGCGAAGAAGGCUAAGAAGGAGGAGUGA